AUGAAACCCACCCCUGGCUGUUCAGACAUUGUCCCCGAGUUUGACCGUCUGAAAACCAUCAGGGCAAUUUAUCUCAAUGCAGAACUUGUGGCUUUUAUCGAAAAGGCUCACUCAUCGCUUCGGUCACGAGGACGUUUCAAGCAACGGGAUUGUCACAAGAGAUCUCUUCUUCAUUACGCUGCCAUGGGGAACUGUACAAAUCUCCUUUUAAAUCUCCUGCAAAGCAAGUCAAAUGUUGAUUCUCGUGACCAGUGGGGGCGGAAAUCACUCUCCUGGGCUGCUGAGUACGGCUCAUUGGCUGUUGCGAAAAUUCUACUGGAGCAAGGAGCAAACGUCAAUGCAUUGGAUUAUGAGGGCGGCUCACCGUUGACAUGGCUGAUUCACGCCGGCAACCCUAAAACGACAAGCCUAGCGGCUACUGAGACUUAA